AGCCCGGGCCGCCACCGCCGCCGCCACCGCCGCCACCGCCGCCGCCGCCGCCGCCGCUGCCGCCAGAGAGGAGCAUGUCUGCAACUCGAGCCAAGAAAGUGAAGAUGGCCACCAAAUCAUGCCCCGAGUGCGACCAACAGGUUCCUGUUGCAUGUAAAUCAUGUCCCUGUGGUUACAUAUUUAUUAGCAGAAAACUUUUAAAUGCAAAACACCCAGAAAAAUCACCAUCUUCUACAGAAAACAAGCAUGAGGCCAAGAGGAGGCGAACAGAGAGAGUUAGGCGAGAGAAGAUAAAUUCUACAGUAAAUAAGGAUUUAGAAAACAGAAAGAGGUCUCGAAGUAACAGCCAUUCAGAUCAUAUCAGACGAGGAAGAGGAAGACCUAAAAGUGCAUCUGCCAAAAAACAUGAGGAAGAAAGAGAGAAACAGGAAAAGGAAAUUGACAUCUAUGCUAACCUCUCUGAUGAAAAGGCUUUCGUGUUUUCAGUCGCCUUGGCAGAAAUAAAUAGAAAAAUUAUUAAUCAAAGACUUAUUCUCUGAUAUUUGUCUGCAAAAUGUGUUGAAACUUUCUUCAGGAUUACAUCAGCAAAUUCUCAAACAGUUAUGAACUCCCAGGAGCAUUCUGACUGCAUCAAUAAGGGCCAUUGAUUGUUUUUUUUUUUCUUUAUCAUUUAGCCUGUGGCACACUUUGGGAGCAAAGCUGCAGGCUUGGACUGUUCUGGGAUUUCCUUGUUUACCAAGGAGUAUUGUCAGUGUUUUGUGUUUGGGAUGUAGUGUUUUAACCCCCCCACCCCCCACCCCCCCUGCUGAAAAAAAGAAAAAAAGCUGGAUGGCUUUUACAGGAUUAAGGGGUAGGGUUGGGAGUGGAAGUAAGAAAACUAGAGAAAUAAAAUGAUAGUUUGCAGAUUUGACACCAGAGAUGCAAUAUUUUAAAUACUUUGAAAAAGAGUGACUUUUAAAAAUAUAUAUUUCAGAUUUUCAGCACUAACAUUGCAUAUUUGCAGUUCAUUUAGUAAAUUGGCAAUUGAUAUUUUAUUGAAUGGGGAAUUAAUAAUAUAAACUGUAAAUUUUGUCUUAAAUUGAUUUUUUCUUGGCCUUUAUUUUUAUAACUUAAGGUAUGAGUUAUAUUUUAGAAGCUACUUUCUAGUUUGGAAGUUUGGGUGCUAUAUGAAGAAAAACAUUUAAGGAUAUAUCAUACUUCAGAUAUAAACUCCUUGUUUUCUUGAAUGUAAUUUAUUUAUUAAUUAAAAAAAAUACUUUUUUGCUCUCAAGAUGGUGCCUGUUAACCUAAACAUAAAAUAUAUUUAUUACAUGCAAAAUAUUUCUUAGAUAGCCACUUUGAAGCAGUAAUGUUCUUUCUGAAUGGAUGUUCAUUUAUACAUCCUGAAAAUUAUUUAAAUUGUUACUUAACCUCACUCUGGAGGAAAAAAAUAAACCUUAAUAUUGAAACUAAUAGAUUAAAUAGUUUGGUAUAAGCUUUUUGUUCUAGUGAAGUUUGUGAACUGUAUUUAAAUUAUUAAUUUUCUAGUGUUAAAUGAUAAUUGUUUAUAGUUGAUUUGUUUUAUACUAAAUGCUUUUGCAUUUUUGUAUAUCGAUUUAAUGCUUAACAUAUUCAAACUUGAUAAUGACUUCCCUUAUUUUAAGUCGACUGUGGCCUCCCCCUCCCCCCCCCAUCUGUUUGGCAGUCCUAAAGCCUUAUUAGGGAAUGUAGGCAGCAGUUAGACUUAGUCCUUACUUAAGAGAACUUUCCUUUCAAUUUCAACAACAGCAUUGUCAGCUUCAGAGUGCAUCUCCCAUUACCUCCCAGAAGAAAAGAGGUUUACCUUUUUUUCUACUUUAUUUAAAUGGUAGCCAGCAGAGGGAGCUUAAGAGGUUCUCUAGGUAGGGUGUAGGAUUUUCCUAAAAAUUCCUUUUCCCUCAAUCCCCAUAUUUACCUGCAAGUAUUACUACAAUUAUCUUGUAUGCAUUUUAAAGCCCUAGUAAUAAAGUUUAUUCCCAGAAAUGUUAAUGUGAUUUUAUCUAUGAAAUAUAAGAAAACUUUAAAUUUUGAGAAAAAAACUUAAGAUUAAUAUCUAAAAAUGCUUAUGAACUUAAUACAGGCAUACCUCCAAGAUAUUGUGGGUUCAGAUCCAGACCCCUGCAAUAAAGCAAAUAUUGCAGUAAA